AUGCAAUUCGACGCUUCCGAUCAUCAACAUGUCCGCUACAAUCCUCUAAAAGAUGAGUGGAUACUGGUGUCUCCGCAUCGUUGCAAGAGGCCUUGGAGCGGACAAACCGAUCCUCCUCCUGAACACCAAUCAGAUCCUGAUCCUGACAAUCCUUUAAAAGCAGGAGCCACCAGGGCCAAUGGACAGAGAAAUCCAAAUUAUACUUCUACUUACGUGUUUCCGAAUGAUUUCCCGGCAUUACUAGAGACGGUUCCCGAGCCACCGUCACCCGAUCACCCACUCUUCAUCUCUACGCAGGCCAAAGGGACAUGCAGGGUAAUGUGUUUCCAUCCAGACUCAGCAAUGACUAUCUCAUUGAUGUCAGUACAAGAGAUACUUGCCGUUAUUGAAGAGUGGGUAGCACAGCUACGUGACCUCGGCGGUCGUUACCGGUGGGUGCAAAUAUUCGAGAACAAAGGCGCGGUCAUGGGAUGUUCCAACCCUCACCCACACUGCCAGAUAUGGGCUUCAUCCUUCCUUCCCAAUGAGCCCGCAGUGAAAGACAGGUCGCAAAAACAAUAUUUUGAGAAGUAUGGUAGAGCAAUGCUCGUCGACUAUGUUGAACAAGAAUUAAUUAAGAAGGAGCGUAUAGUGUUACAAAACUCAGAAUGGGUGGUCGUGGUCCCAUAUUGGGCGGCUUGGCCUUACGAGACUCUGCUGCUUCCUCUCGACGGCCAUCCGCAACGACUCACUGACCUCACACCGAACCAAAAACUUGCCCUAGCCGAAAUAAUGAAGCAUCUUAACACCAAGUACGAUAACUUGUUCCGUUGCAGCUUUCCUUACAGUAUGGGAUGGCACGGAGCGCCGACGGGUGCGGCGUCGAAAGACGGUGACAGCCCCCACUGGCUCGUACACGCCGUGUACUUACCCCCUUUGCUGCGAUCUGCCACCGUGCGCAAGUUCAUGGUGGGUUACGAGCUCCUGGCGCAAACGCAGCGCGACCUCACACCGGAGCAGGCCGCCUCGGCGCUAGCGAGUUGCCCGCACGACCGCCACUAUACGAGUUUCCAUGGCAAGGGAAACUUGCUUGGUGUGAAUUAA